CAUACUCCGAUAGUGGAAAGUCAAACAUUCAUUAAGAUUACGUAGAAAUUAUUUUAAAUUAUGAAACUAUGUUCUCUAUAUCACUAGAUCACAUACAACGAACAAUUUUUGCAUGUAUUUAAAGUGCUUUUGGAUAUUUUGCAAUGCGAUAAUCGUAAUUGAUUAAAAUUGAUGAUUAUAAUAAACACAAAUAUAAUUAUUUCUACGAGAUCUAGAUCCCAAAGAUAAAGUUUUGAUUAAUUGAUUCAAGAUAUAUAAUAUGCCUAGCCAAUAUAGUAGUCCAUUAGUCCAAAAUUAAUUACAGACAUGAAAGGUUUAACGGUAUUUUUGGCCCUCAUCGUGACAGCAGUUGCCACCUCUUGGCCGGACGACGUUUGCCCUAAGGAACAGGAAGAGGACUGGACAAUAGAAAAGUUGUUGCGCCAUGACGACUGCGAAAAGUUCUACAUGUGCACGUUCGGACAACCAGUCGAGCGUACUUGUCCUUCUGAAUUAUGGUUCUGCUUGAAGAAAAUGAGAUGUGAAUGGCCUCAUUUGGUAGACUGCGAAGACAGGAACGUGCCCCCGACGACGACAUCUACCACUAGUACAACAAGACCAGCAAAUACUACAACCAGUACGACUACAACGACCACGCCGGCGCCUACAACGACAACUACAACCACGCCAGUGCCGACAACUACAACAACGACUACAACGACGCCAGCGCCGACAACCACAACAACGACUACAACCACGCCAGCGCCGACAACCACAACUCCUACAACCACUACUACAACAACACCAGCGCCAACGACUACGACUACGACUACUCCAGCACCAACAACGACGACCACGACUACACCGGCUCCGACGACUACGACCACAACUACACCAGCCCCGACCACAACAACCACGACUACACCAGCUCCGACAACAACAACCACGACUACACCAGCUCCGACAACAACUACCACGACCACACCGGUUCCGACAACUACAACAACGACUACGACUACCACAACCCCAGCACCAACAACGACAACAGGAAGACCCGAGUUCAGACCAAAUGGAUGCCCAGUGAAUAUGUUUAUCCACUGGCUACUUCCACAUGAAACGGACUGUAUUUUGUUCUACUAUUGUGUUUGGGGCGAGAAGGUGUUAAGAACCUGUCCUAGCGGCCUGCACUUCAACACAGUAAUUCAGGUGUGUGAUUGGCCUAGAGAUGCCGAAACAGACAUGAAAGCUUUCACAGUAUUUUUGGCCCUAAUUGCCACAACCGUCGCUUCGUCUUGGCCUGAUGCAGUGUGUCCACCGGAACAGCAAAUAGAUUGGACGAUAGAAAAACUGUUACGUCAUGAAGAUUGCAAUAAGUUUUAUAAGUGCACAUUCGGCCAGCCAGUCGAGCAACGAUGUCCUGCCGGCCUGUGGUUCUGCUUAAAAAAUUGGAGGUGUGAAUGGCCUGAACUGGUCGAUUGUGAAGAUAGGAACGUGCCUGUAGAAACAACAACUAUAACAGAACCUAUACCUACCACGCCAGAACCAACAACAACGACGACAACAACACCAGCACCAACAACCACCACGACGAUGACAACAACACCAGCACCAACAACCACCACGACGACGACAACAACACCAGUACCAACCACGACUACGACAACACCAGUGCCAACAACCACCACAACUACAACAACAACACCAGUACCAACCACAACUACGACAACAACGCCAGUGCCAACAACCACCACAACGACAACAACAACACUAGCACCAACCACGACUACGACAACAACGCCAGUGCCAACAACAAGUACAACAACCCCAGAACCAACAACAACAACGACGACGACUACAACAACACCCGCUCCUACAACGACAACUACAACAGCGACUCCCGAAUUCAGGCCAAAUGGAUGUCCAAUUAAUGUCUUCGAGCAUUGGUUACUUCCGCAUGAAACGGAUUGCAACUUCUUCUACUAUUGUGUUUGGGGCGAGAGAGUAUUAAGAAACUGCCCCAGCGGCCUGCACUUCAAUAGAACAAUCCAGGUGUGUGAUUGGCCCCGAGAUGCUGGUUGCGGGCAACCAAGCUAAGACUGAUAUAAGUCUUGUUCAUUCGACAAAACACGCUGUGGGCCGCGACUUCAGCUGAAUAUGAAGCUUUACUUUGGUUUCUGUUAUUCUAUUUAAGUGUAAAUGAUUGUACAUAAUAAAUCUUAUAAUAAAACUAUUCAUAAGGAA